AUGGAAUCACAUUUAGAUCUCAUUGGAAGAAUCACUGAACGACGCUCGAUGGGUAAGCAUCUGGCGUUUGCCAAAAUUCUCCCUCAACCUGGAGAUGAAACGAUUGGUCGCUCUCUAAAAUGUUCAAACGAUACAAUAGCCAAGGUGUCCGUAGUGUUUCGAAGUGCGUGUUUUGACCAACCUCAUGAGAAUGACGGCGUCUUUCCUGCGAAACGGUCUCAAAUUCCGUACGGUGCAAUUGUGGAAAUAAGAAUUCGCAAAUCCUCAAACGAAGACGAUCAAAAGCAAAAUAGAUGGGUUGUAGCACGCUGGAGGAUUCUAGUUCACCCUACUGAUCGAGCCCUAGAAGUUGCCGCUGUCGUCGGUGGCGGAUUUUCUUAUUCAAAAUUUCUGAAAAUCCGUGCAGAUGCAUUUCUUCACACUUGCUCGGGCCAGAGGAAACAAAUGUUGUCAAAGACUGUGAAACCAACAGCACGCCGUGAUUCAUCACUUGAGCGCAAGGAUUACGCUAGAUCCAAAGCACUUCGAGCAAAGAUAUUUGCCUCGUGGAUAACAGAGCAUAUGCUUCGCAACGACGGGUCGGACCGUAUUUUAGACGUGGCCGGAGGCAAGGGACAACUUUCACGUGAGCUAUCCCUUAAAGCCCGAGUACCUUGUGUCGUUGUUGAUCCUCUGAUUCGGAGGCCCCCAAAGUUUAAUGAUUUAUUAAAAGCCGAUGCCCCUUUGCCAGAGUUCCGCUCACAUAAAUUCCUGAAGGACCAGGAGAAAACGAUGUCUAUCGUUUCUGAUUCCACUUGUUUGCUUGGCCUUCACCCAGACGAGCCCACUGAAGAUAUUUUGGAUCUGUCUUUGAGGUACAAUCUGUCAGUUGCAAUUGUGCCUUGUUGUGUCUUUCCAUCACUUUUUCCACAGAGGUCUCUCGCGAAUGGAGUUCCGGUAAGAACAUAUGAACAGUUUUUAGCAUACUUGCUAGAGAAGAAUUCUCGACUGCAUAUUGCGCAACUUCCGUUUGAAGGGAGAAAUUAUGUGAUAUACUGCAAAGUAGACGGUGAAACUCAUUGA